CACUUGCUCUCCAACCCCUGCCCUGAUCUGCUCUCCCGCUACCUCCUCCACCACUGCCACCUGCAGACCCCACUUAGGCCAUUUUAGAGGCUUUGGUCCUUGUUGGUUAUGCCCUCCUUCUCUGGGUCUCACUUCUCUCACUCUCUUGCCCACCUCCCCCCCACUCCCCGGCAUCUCUGUUCCUCCCACUCUCUUUCUUUCUCUGUCUUCUUCCCAUCACUAUCCAUCCUUCCGGUACCACCUUCCAUGGGUUUCUAUCUCUUUCCUAGCUGGCUGGCUCUGUCUUCCUCUUUGUUUCUAUGUUCCUCUCUUCCUGGAUCCUGUUCCUCUGUCCCUUCACCAGCCUCCCCCCCACCUGCUGCUGUUCUCUUCCAGGACCCUCAGGAGGCACUCCGCUCUUCCCAGCCCAACCCACUUCCGCCGUCCUAGCCAAGAUUCUCCACCCCCAGCUAGCAGGGAUGGGAUAGGACUUGUUGGGGGCUUCCUCUCUCCAAUCUGGCUUUCUUUCUCUGUACCUUGCGUCUCUCAAGUCCUGGGCUGGAUUUGAGAACCAAGCAAGAUGCAGCAGCUGGAAGAACCGGGGGUUUGGGCCUCCCUUUCCACCUGCCCCCUCUGGCUGUGGAGGAGGACAUUGACUUUGCUCCCUUCGUUAUAACUUCUGCAAGCCCCUCCUCCAUCCCCGCCGACCUUUCUUUUCUCCCGUUUCACUCCCCUCUCGUUGCUCCCUUUGCCCUCCCCUUCCACCCCUGCAGUUCAGCUCCGGGAUCCGCAGCCUGGCGUCCCGGUGCGCACCAUGCGGGCCCUGCUACUGCUCGGGAGCAUCACGCUGCUGGCCUCCGCCGCGGGUCCAGCCAGGGCGCGCCCAUCCAACGAUACGAGCGCAGUGGCCCCGGGCCCGCUGCCUGCGCUCCUCGCACACCUGCGGCGCCUAACCGGGGCUCUGUCGAGCGGCGGGAGCCCGGCGGGCACCGGCGCUAAUGCCACCAAGACCAGCCCCGCGGGUGGCGCGGGUGCAGCGGCACGGGCGCCCCCUCCGGCCGAGCUCUGCCACGGCUACUACGAUGUAAUGGGCCAGUACGACGCCACCUUCAACUGCAGCACCGGCUCCUACCGCUUCUGCUGCGGCACCUGCCACUACCGCUUUUGCUGCGAGCACCGCCACAUGCGCCUGGCGCAGGCCUCUUGCUCCAACUAUGACACGCCACGCUGGGCCACCACGCCUCCGCCUCUAGCCGGAGGCGCCGGGGGCGCUGGGGGUGCGGGCGGGGGCCCGGGACCGGGCCAGGCAGGGUGGCUGGAAGGGGGUCGGGCCGGGGGCGCUGGGGGUCGUGGGGGCGAGGGCCCCGGGGGCAGCACAGCCUACGUAGUGUGCGGAGUCAUCAGCUUCGCCCUGGCGGUGGGCGUCGGUGCCAAAGUGGCCUUCAGCAAGGCGUCGCGUGCGCCCAGAGCGCACCGGGAGAUCAACGUGCCCAGAGCUCUGGUGGACAUUCUGAGGCAUCAAGCAGGACCUACAACCCGCCCAGACCGGGCCCGAAGCAGCUCUCUGACCCCAGGGCUAGGAGGCCCAGAAAGCAUGCCUCCCAGGACACCCAAGAACCUUUACAACACCAUGAAGCCCUCCAACCUCGAUAACCUGCACUACAACGUCAACAGUCCCAAGCACCGCGCUGCCACACUGGACUGGCGAGCCAUGCCACCACCCAGCCCCUCCCUGCACUACUCCACGCUGUCCUGCUCUCGAUCCUUCCACAACCUCUCGCAUCUUCCCCCAUCCUAUGAGGCUGCUGUGAAAUCAGAACUGAAUCGCUACUCCUCUCUCAAGAGAUUGGCUGAGAAAGAUCUAGACGAAGCCUACCUGAAGCGCAGACAUCUAGAGAUGCCCCGUGGAACCCUGCCUUUGCAUGCACUGCGGCGGCCUGGUACUGGAGGUGGCUACCGCAUGGAUGGCUGGGGUGGUCCCGAGGAGCUGGGCCUGGCACCGGCACCAAACCCCCGGAGGGUUAUGUCCCAGGAGCAUCUGCUGGGUGAUGGCCGAGCUUCCCGCUAUGAGUUCACAUUGCCUCGAGCGCGGCUGGUGUCUCAAGAACACCUGCUGCUGUCCUCACCGGAGGCCCUCCGCCAGAGUCGAGAGCACCUGCUAUCACCACCACGAAGUCCUGCACUGCCUCCAGACCCCACCACCCGGGCCAGCCUGGCUGCCUCACACUCCAACCUGCUGCUGGGGCCUGGGGGGCCCCCCACACCACUGCAUGGGUUGCCUCCAUCAGGCCUGCAUGCCCACCAUCACCACGCCCUUCACGGCUCUCCUCAGCCAGCCUGGAUGUCCGAUGCAGGUGGGGGUGGGGGCACACUGGCCCGCCGGCCACCCUUCCAGCGCCAGGGAACCCUGGAGCAGCUUCAGUUCAUUCCUGGACACCACCUGCCACAGCACCUGCGCACUGCCAGCAAGAAUGAAGUGACUGUCUGAGGCCAGGGUAGAGCGCUGGGGGCUGCGGCUUCUGAGGCCCCCUCCUCCCAGCCCAGAUCUCCAUCACAGGCUUAUCAUACACACCAAGGGUCUGAGACCAGAUGGGCCCUUGGAUCGGAGACCACGCCUCCUUUUGGGAUGUCACAGUAGAUGAGAUCUCUCCUCCUACUUUGUCACUGUUUGAACCAAGGCCUCCUUCCCAUGAUGUCAUCGCAGAGGAAGAGGCCUGUACAUGAGGUCAUCGCUAGCAAAUAUGUCUGUGUUCUAUGAUGUCAUUGCAGGAACUAAACCUUCCUAUGAGGUCACCACAGAGGAAGAGGCCUGCCCGUGAGGUCAUCACUAGAGGCUGUCCAUUUUGCAUGACAUCACCAGAGACUCAUUCCCUGUGAUGUCACCACAGACAAUGCCUUGUCCCAUCCCAUCAUCCCUAGAAACAAAGAUUUCUUCUGUGAUGUCACUGCAGAGACAAGUCUCCCGCUUCUUGAGACUUCUUGAUAUCAUCCUGAGCACCAAGGCCUCUUGAAACUGUCCAGAUUUUUCUCUGCUGUGGAGAAGAUGCCUCUGCCCCACAAUGCCAUGACUACAGACUAAGCCAUUUUCCUGGGACACACUGCAGGGGACCGUGCCCUGCCAUGUGUCCUCACUAAAGAUUAGGCCUCCUUCCCACAGUGCUGUCACAAGAUUUUGCCUCCCUCCUGUGAUGCCAUCACCAGAAUAGGUGCCUUGCCAGAUGGCGCCAUCACAGGGACCGUGCCUCUUCAAGCAAUGUCAUUACCAGUAAUGACCACCUGUCCCAGGGACCUCUCCAGGAGGAGGCCCUGCUGUGGUGUGACCACCAGUUACCACCUGCUUGGAAAUGACACCAGGGGACACCUCUGUUGUUGUGCGGGGUUGUGAUAAAGUUGGGCGUGUCCAGCCCAAGACCAUUUUGGGAAGAUGCCAGAGAAAGCAGCUUUUCCUGAGAUGUCUUAUGAGGGUGUCGGCACUGGGGAUGCCAAGACAAUGACCUGUGUGUAAGAGGCUGGCGAUGAUGCCCUCCAUCGCCUGGACAUCAUCAUAAAGGAUUUCCUUCUGAGGCAGUCCCCACUCUCAAUGGCCACCAGUAGUGAUUAUCGUCAGAGUCCUUGUCUUGCUUCCCUAUAACUUAGCUCCAUGGCUUCUUCCCAUGACCCCAGGGACAUGGCCAACAGAAUGUCUACCAGCGCCUCUAAAGGGCGGUUGGGCCUGUGCAGUGAGUCCUUGGGGAUGGCACCCAUGGAUGAGCUUCAGCUCCAAGGAGGCCACUUUGAUCCAUGAGGCUUCUAAAUCCUGGGACUCAUAGGUGGGCCAAAGGCUGGAAUUACUUCUUUCUGCCAUAUCUAAAGACAUCAGCAACAGAGCCCCCAUCUCCUAUCGGAGGGAGAAGGUUGGAGUGUAUGUGCCGCUGACCUUGCCAAUGGCAUCAUCAAUGCUACCCAGUGUACUCCUUUCAUGAUGGCAUAGCAGUUGGGGUCCAGUAUUAAUCAUGUCAUUUCCCAGGAUUCCAUAAGACUCACCUCAACUAGCACAUCAUCAUCUACCAGGAAUUGUCACCACUAAUGAUGUCACCACUGUCUCCCAACAUUUCUCCCAACCAUGGUGUCACCACCUCCCAGGAUCCACAUAACAUGCCAUCAUCACCAUCUCCACAGUAUGUUCUCAUCACCUCCCAGAAUCCAUCACAAUAUGCUCACCUCAUCAUCUCCCAGGAGCCAUCAGAACCGUGCUGUCCCCAUCAUCUCCCAGCAUUCACUAUACCCAUACGGUCCCCAUCAUCUCCCAGCAUUCACUACACCCAUACGGUCCCCAUCAUCUCCCAGCAUUCACUACACCCAUACGGUCCCCAUCAUCUCCCAGCAGCCAUCAGAACCGUGCCAUAGGUCCCCAUCAUCCCCCAGCAUUCACUACAGUCAUAGGUCCUCAUCAUCUCCCAGGAGCCAUCAGAACCGUGCUGUCCCCAUCAUCUCCCAGCAUUCACUACAGCCAUAGGUCCCCAUCAUCUCCCAGGAGCCAUCAGACCCAUGCUGUCCUCAUCUCUCGGGAGCCACUACAACCAUGAUGUUCUUGUCUCCCUAGUUGUGCCAUGACCAAUGAUGUCCUUAUCUUCAAAAAUCCAUUAUGUCUCGUGGUGGCACUCUCCAAGAGGACUUGUUAGGACGGAGAGUGCCGAUGUUUCUCAUCAUCACAGUGUUGCCAUCUCCCACGAUCUACUUCCACCACGUCUCAUGUCUCAGCCACCAGAGCUAUGAUGUCACCACUUCAUAAGAUCCACUGCAACUGUGGUGUCCUUGGAUUCAUGCAGCCAUGCAUCGCCACAUCCCGGAUCCAUCUGAGUGUCACAGUCAUAAUCCACAGGAAUCCACGAGAGCCAUGGUGUCACCACCUCCAGGCCCCACUCCAAUAGUGUCCUGUCAUGACUCCUCAGAAGUCACUGUAACCAUGGUGCAUCACCUCCAAUCAGCCAUAAUAGCCAAUGGUGUCUUCAUCUCCCAGGACCCACUCGAACCCCAGUGUCUCUGUGACCUGGGGUCCCUGAGACCCAGUGAUAUCAUUAUCCUUGGGGCCUCCCAUAACCAUGGUGUCAUCACCUCCUGGAUCCAUGACAACAAAUAAUGCCAUCAUUUUCAGAGUUUUCUUCAGUCAUGAUGUCACUGCCUCCCAGAAUCCAAGUUAAAACUGUGUCCUCAUCUUCCAGGACCCAUGGCGCUUGUGUGCCAUCUGCCAGGAUCCACCAUCUUAGGGUCCUCUGGGGUCUCAUGGCAUUUACAGUUCCUCCCUUCAGGGGAACCAGCACAACAGGCCAUUUCCCAUUCCCUCCGCAGGACUAGGGUGGAGCCAGCUGUCUCCCUCGGAUAGUGUCCCCCUCCCCCACUCUGGCCCUUCUUGAUUAUGUCACUGCCUCGCUCCUGAUCUGAAUACAUACCCGGGUCCAGAUGUGGCCUUGGCCAGCCUCCUUCACCCACUGGUGAGUGCAUCCAGACUCUUCCUUGUGUCACCACUGUCCCUCACCAGCCAUCAGAUCGGUGACAGGGUCAACCCAGUGACUUCCCAGCCCUUGGGCGGCAUCACUGCCCUACCCAACUCAAACCCUGUUAAUUGGACCCCACCACCAGAUCAGAACUCACUAGCUCGGGCCAAACUCUCUUUAGAAUCUUGGCCUGUGGGAAGAUGCCACAGCUGGCAAACCACCAGUUUGGCCAGUUCCCGGGGUGGGGAUACCUGAGAACAUUGGCCACUGCUACCUUCACCUGCAAAGGCCUAGAAGGGUGCUCCUUCACCCCUUCCCGUAACACACCAGGAAGUCCCUAACACAGUGCACAAUUUGACCCUCCACACAGUUCUCUGUACAUAUAGCCAUGUUUCAGGGGGGCGGCCAUUCCCCACUCUUAAAGGGCUACAUGUCCCCCUCCCAGCCCCCAAGGCGAGGAGGGGGCUCUUCUCCCUCCUCUAGGCCGCCCUCUCCCUCUUAUACCCUCUUACCCCACCAAAUAUUGGCCUCUGUGCUCAUCCCUUCUCGCCAAGAGCCUGGAUGGGAUAGAUGGUGCCAGGGUCUCACCAUCCAGGAAGGUAGGAUGUCAGCACCAAUCCUCCUAAACUCCAGCGCCAGGUUUUCAGUCUCCCGGCUAAUAGAAGUUCCGUGGGCUCCCCUUCCAUUCUAGGGCCUCCUUCAAGCUCGCUUAACACUCCCACGGAUCACACAGCUUUCUUCAGCCCCCAGGGAGCUUUCGGCUUUUGUUUGCCCCCUUCUUUCAGUCUCUCCCUCCCUUCUUCCUAACUUGGAUUCCUUCCUGGGAUCUGCCCUCCCCGCCCCCCAGCCUCUAACCCUCCAUUCACCCGCCUGACCCAGGAGCCUUGACCUCUUAUCUCAAUAAAGCCAUAGUGGGGAGAGGUCUCACCCCCCACCCCUCUAGCACCACGAUGCUUCCAGAGCUGGGACCUGGCCUUCUGAGUCUUCCCCACUGUUCCCCAGUAAACACACAAACACACAUGAACGGGGUGUGCACUGCUGUGCAGGGAAGCAGCUCCCCUUCUGGCUGGGGCUUGCAGAGGGGGUGUCAGAUUGAAGUGCUCCACCGGAGGACCCUCCACACCUCUGAAUCCCAGCCUCUCCCCUCCCCUACUCUUCCUUCCUGUGCUGAACCCACCCACCUUCACUUCCUGGCGAGGACAGCGAGAAGAGCUGGCGCUCAGUGGGGGGUGGAUUUUGUUUUGGAAUAAACAGCUGUUUUUCCUGAUCUCCAGUCUCCAGGUUUUCACUGGGAAAUUGGGGACCUCCUCCCCCUUUGUAGUGGAUAUAGGCUUGGCCAAAGGCAAAAUGAUUUUUGUCAGGGGAGAAACUUCUAAAGGCACCUUCUAAAGGUGUUUCCAGAAAGCUCAGAGAUGCCCGUCAGUCACUUUGU